AUGGAUCCAUUAUCACUACUUUCCGUUGUCGCUGCCACGGUGAGGUUUGUCGAUUUCGCCCAGCGACUUUUCUCUGGCACAUGGCGCAUGUAUCGCUCCUCGUCGGGUCAGACCGUUGCGCUCCAGGAUCUCUCAGCGGUCUCGAGGGAUAUAUCGCAACUAUCCCGGAGCAUAAAGGAUACGCUAAAAGAGCAGCAAAAGGAUGCCUCCCCUUCCGGAUUGGCCGACGAGAAGCUGCAGCGACUCUGUGGUGAGUGCAAAGUCAUCGCAUCGGAAGUGCAGACUAUUUUGCAAAAAGUCAAUGCUGGCUUCCAUCGUGAGUUGGAUCGAGAUAAAAAGGCGGUGGGCAGAGCAAAUAUCCGGGAAUAUGAGCCUAGGUCAGUUGGGGAAUGUUUCGAAGCGGCCCUUAGGGGGUGGUGGAAACGCAAGGACAUUGACAAUAUCAACUCCCGUCUUGAGAACGUGCGGCAAGAAGUCAUGAUGGCAGCGACUGUUUCUAUUUGGCAAACCUCACAGGCAACGAGAAACAUAGAGCGGGAAUUUAGCCUUAAGUUAGAUGCCAUGAUAUCAAUGCUCGCCCAAGCACUGAAUACAGGAGGUGAAUCCGGCCCAGACCAGGGAUCAAGAUCUGGUCAAGACGUUGUCGAGAACAUUACAGUGAACUCUAUGCACCAGAAUGGUGUAAUGAGCAAGAUCAACGAAUGUCUCUGGAGCAGAAGCUGGGAGGCUGAUCCGGUUAUAUUGUCAUCUUUUCCGACUCAAACAGGCGCAUCAGCCCAUGAACUGAACCAGUUGAUCUCUGACAGCCUUCGUUUUGAUUCGAUGGAGAACCGGGAAGACCAAAUCGCAAAACCUUUUAACACCACCUACCGAUGGGUGUUCGAGCCGCCGCAUGUCUCUGGAGAUGGGCUGCCCAUGUGGUCUAAUUUGCGGGAAUGGCUUGAAGGUAACCCUGGCCUCCCUUACUGGAUCACCGGUAAGCCAGGCUCCGGAAAGUCAACCAUGAUGAAGUUCAUAUUCAAUCAUGCGGCGUUGGAUGACCACCUCCGACAGUGGGCUCAGGAUUGUUCGAUUCGCAAGAUCAGUUAUUAUGCAUGGAAGCCGGGAGUGGAAUUGGGAAAAUCUAUAGAUGGGCUACUACGCACACUUCUUCACCAGAUACUCGCUUUGGAUCCUGAUCUAACCCCGACACUAUGUCCUAGGAGGUGGUCAUUUUUUCAUAUGGUCCGCGAUCUACGCUCAGAAGUCUUUCCGCCCUGGAGUACAUGGGAGCUUGAAGAAUCCUUCUCACGUCUUCUAAGCCAUUCACAGGGCAAAUCAUAUCUCGCUAUUUUUAUCGACGGCCUUGAUGAGUUCGAUAUAGCUCCCGUUGAGCUCUGCAACACAAUCCAGAACAUCGCUUCUCACAGUACCAUUAAAGUUUGCGUCGCAAGCAGACCUUGGCCGCAGUUCAGUGACGCUUUUAACAAAAGCCCGAGCCUUCAGAUGCACAGGCUGACCGAUUUAGAUAUGCAAGCUUUUGUGCGCGACCACUUCCAAGACGAAAUCGCCUUCCAGGACCUGAACAGAUUGUAUCAGGGCGGUGGACACAAACUGCUUCAGGAUAUCGCCUUAAAAGCCGCAGGAGUGUUUCUUUGGACGGCUCUCGUUACCAAGACGCUACGAGAGGGCCUUAUCGCGGGGUCAGGCUUAUUGCAACUCCAGAACCUCUUGGACAAGAUGCCUAGCAAAAUCGAGGAUCUCUAUGACGCUAUAUUCACAACGAUCCCCCCAACACUCAUGCCCGAAGUCUGUGCAAUGUUGAGACUUUAUGACAUGGCUCUUCCGCCAUUGGAUUGGAUGACCCUGUGGCUGGCAGACGAGUCGAGAAGUGGUCCUGUUAUCAUGCCGCAAACUGAGAUGAUGGAUACAGCGCAGGCAUCAUUAAUACGCAGACUCGGCGCCCGGACACGAGGGAUUUUAGAGUUCGUACCCGGGACUCGGACUGUGAGUACCUUCACAGAACAGCCGCAGAAUGGGCUAGUCAACCACGUGUCUGGGAGCAACUGCGGUCUCGAAGUCCCAGGGGCUUUGAUCCUCAUUUUUGCCUCCUUGGCGCUGAAGUUGCCCUUCAAAAGUUUGCCUCCCAGAAUUCACAAGGAAAUCAAUAUUUCCUACCAGGAACUCCAGAGUUUUGGAAAUCUGUUUUGA